AUGGCCUCCAAUGGACAAAAUUCCGAUAAUUCGGCAUUUUCGAGACUCAUGAAGCCUUUUUCAAGCUCAAAUACGAUGAGUACGCCGGCUCAGGCAGGUUGUAGUACGCUGCGAGGCGGUGGCUACAGAAAUAAAGUCGCUUUAAAGCCUGGCCACAGUGCCAUGGACUGGUCCGUGCUUUCCAAUAACAAAGGAAAAACUGGAAUACUGAUUACAGGAAUCAAGAAACUGCUUUCAGAUCCUGAAGUCGCCAAGAUCAAUAGCCCUCAAGCGUUGAUGGCUUUACAACAUGGUGUGCCAUCUUUCAAGAUAUACCCACCUCUGAAAAUCACCAUGGCGCACUUGAAACAGCACAAUACCGCAGACGAUUGCUGGUGUGUUUUGGGAAAUAAGGUAUACUGUAUCACAGCAUAUCUGGAUUUUCAUCCCGGGGGAUCUGACAUUCUUCUGAAGUCCGCAGCUGGCAAGGAUGGUACCGCCGCCUUUGAGAGAUACCAUAGAUGGGUGAACUAUGAAAGGUUUCUGGAGACUAGCUACAUCGGGAGGUUUAUCCCAUAG